GGCAUGCGAAAGGGGGAACUUUUCUGACUGUGAAGUGUGUGGGAAGGACACCACUGAACCUAUCUUUUCCAAGUUUGGUGGAAAGUGGGGGCCUUGGUUUGCGGGUGUGAUUGGAAAUGGGGUGGGAAGGUUGAAUGACUUAGACCUGAAAGAGGGAAGUGACGAUCCGAAACCUGAUGAUGCCCUUGUAGCCAUGUCUCCAGUGGAUUCACCCGAGCCGCCGCUAAAAAGCCCUCCGGGCACUGUCUUGCCGGAAUGCACACCAGCAACUGAGGAGAAUGGACCAGUCCGAUCUCGCCCCAGCCUUGACGAGGAACCACCCGUCGAUUUCGUAGGCGAUUGCCCAGUCCCUGGAGAUGAAAAAGACGAGGAGAGUGACAUAGAUCCAGCAACCAACAUAUGGAAUUUGCAGCUAUCUAAGAUGCCGCCUUCCCUGGAGGAAAACAUCCCGCCCGAAUUCCUUCCUGAUAUACUAAUGGUGGAAGACUGUGGAAACGCCAUUCGUUAUCACUCGUCGCAUGGUGCGCCUAUCUCUGACGAGUACUCCUCGGUCCUUGAUAAGCCGGUCAAAUUCAGACGAGUUUUGCCCUCUCCGGCAGACAAUCCCAAGCAAGGAUCGCCUUCCUUGACGCAAGCGUUGCGCGUGGCGAAACUGGACCUCUCUUUAAACUAUAAGCUGGGGAGGGGGAACCAUUCUGACGUUUAUCUCGUCUCGCUCAGGUUACCUCAUCCACUUUCUGCUCGCACUCCUACUGGAGAAGUCUCAGUUGCUUGCAAAAUGGCGCAUGAUAGGUCUUACAAGGCGCGGCAACUCCUUGAGAACGAAGCGGGGAUAUACGCUUCGUUCCCUGACGCUAUGUCCGAAGGAGGCAAUGGCUAUGUUCUCUUCACUCCCAAAUUCAAGAGCCCUGUCCCUUCUGGUCCUGUGGUCCCGAAAUUCUAUGGUUACUACAAGCCCGUCUACGAUCCAGAGUACUAUGCUGAGGAAGAGAAGGAUCUUGACCAAGUGCUCAAGGAAUGCAUGAAAGCAUUCAUCGAAGGUCUGAGCCCUAUUCUCUUGAUGGAGCACUGUGGAAGUCAGAUCAGUCCAUGGCGGAUGAGUAAUGAUAAUCGGAACAAGUACAUGUCGCUCUUACAUCGAAUGCAUCUUGCAGAUUAUACACACAAGUCCGCUCAUGUUCGUAAUGUCGUAGUCCAACCUGGUCCGCUUACACUCCCCCCGCGGAGUCGUAGUCUGAAAGAUCCUUCGUUCCGCUUGGUCGACUUUGGUCGCACAAUGCACCUAUCUCACUAUAACAAGCAGCGGGGAGCGCCUGCAGGCAGGAAAGGCGACUGUAAUUGGGAUUGUGGGCAAGAUGAUGAGUUCCGUGAGCUACAAGGUGAAGUGUGGUGAAUAAAAAUAAAAAAUGCUUCAUCUUGUUUGGCGCUUUUCCAGGCACCUUUUGCUAUCGAUCCACUUUUGCAGAAUGUCCUAAUAUGGCGGAAGUACAAGUCGGUGGCUCUUGCUUCUGUUCACGACUCAGUAAAUCUCUUACUCUCAACCACGGUUUUCACCUUUUCUUGUAAAGUGAGACCGCCUAAAGAUUUGUUGUGUGGCUAUUGUG